AUGGCGCCUGGAGUGGGAGGUUACAAGCAAAUAAACAAGGCUUUCAACGUCUGUGCCUUCGAAGAGUACCUGGAUGGUCAACAAACUCUAUUACCUGAACUUUUGGACGUAGAGCAAGUUAGCCCGCGGGUGAUACGCGUUCUGGGACAGAACCCGGGAAAGUUUACUCUCCAGGGCACCAACACCUUCAUCGUUGGCACUGGUGCGCACCGCCUGAUCAUCGAUACUGGCCAGGGCAUCCCCGAUUGGGCGGAUAUUAUUUCACGGCUCUUAGCCAGAGAGGGGUUUGCAAUAUCCCAAGUUCUCCUGACCCAUUGGCACGGUGACCACACCGGCGGUGUGCCAGAUCUCCUUCGUCUCUACCCAGAGCUUUCGGGUCACAUCUACAAGCACACUCCCGGCAAGACGCAGCAGCCUAUCGAAGAUGGGCAGAUCUUCCGCGUCGAAGGCGCCACCGUCCGCGCGGUACACUCCCCAGGCCACUCCGACGACCACAUGUGUUUCAUUCUGGAGGAGGAGAACGCAAUGUUUACUGGCGACAAUGUUCUCGGCCACGGCUCCACGGUCGUCGAGCACCUGAACACAUGGAUCCAGGCCCUCCACAUCAUGCAGUCGCACCGGUGCGCCAAGGGGUACCCGGCCCACGGCGCCGACAUUAACGACCUCGAGGCCAAGAUGCAGGCCGAGCUCAAGGCGAGACUGCGGCGUGAACGUCAGGCCCUGCGUGCGCUGCAGCAGUCGACAGGCGGCGGUGUGGGCGGCCACAGAAAGAAGCUGACGGUGAGGGAGCUUGUCACCUCUGUCUACGGGACCCAGAUGGAUCAGGGGGUCCGUGAGCUGGCUUUGGAACCCUUCACGGAAGAAGUUCUUAGAAAGCUUGCCGAGGAUGGCAUGGUUGGAUUCGAGGUGAGAGGGGGCGUUAAGAAAUGGUUUGCAGUUGCCUGA